UGUUAGACCAUUUAUUAAUCUGCUAGACGAAAUUUUGACAAGGUGAAAAGCUAAGGACGAGACAGAUCUAGAAAUAUGGAAAAGCUAACUGAGAUUGAGUUUACUGGAAUAAGUGUUCAAGACAAGGCACCAAGAAACUUGUCAAACAAUGCUUCCAGCAUUCUGAUCCAGGAGGAUGAUAUUGAGACCCCCUAUGGAAACCUUCACGUUGCCAUUCAAGGAGACAGAUCCAAACUGGCUAUCCUGACAUUCCAUGAUAUUGGUCUAAACAGUACUACAUGCUUUCAAGGGUUCUUCAAUUUCAUUGACAUGCAACCAAUCUUGCGACAUUUCUGUGUGUACCAUGUGAACGCACCAGGGCAAGAAGACGCAGCUCUUCAACUCCGACCUGAGCAAGAUGCCCUAGGCAACCCAGAUUCAUUGGGUAACAGCUUCUUGAGAAAUAAGUGGUUCACUUAUCCCACUAUGGAACAACUAGGGGAGAGCAUCCAGUCAGUUGUUGAUUUCUACAAGAUCAAAAGAUUCAUCGGGUUUGGUGUUGGAGCAGGAGUUAAUGUUCUUUGUAGAUACGCUCUGAAUCAUCCUGAGUUUGUUGAUUCCCUGGUGUUGGUCAAUGGAACAGCUGACAAGGCUGGCUGGGUGGAGUGGGGAUAUCAAAAGCUGAACUCCUGGUAUCUGUGGCGGGGAAACAUGACAACAUUUACAGAAGAUUACCUCCUUUGGCACUGGUUUGGAUCUAAAACCCAGUGGGAGAACUAUGACCUGACAACCGUCUACAAGGAAUACAUCAAAAGUGUCAACCCUCAGAACCUGUCACUCUUCAUUGAGGCAUACCUAGCGAGAACCAGUCUUGGCAUAGAGAGAGAGCUGGACCCAGUGAGAAGAAUUGGAACCAAAACCCUUCAGUGCCAGACCUUGUUAAUUGUUGGUGAUGAUUCUCCACACUUGGAUGAUGUUGUCGAGCUCAAUGGACAGCUGGAUCCAGAAAAAACAGAUUUCCUCAAGAUUCAGGACUGUGGAGGUAUGCCACUGGAAGAACAACCUGGGAAAGUCUGUGAAGCAUUCCGACUCUUCCUUCAAGGAAUGGGAUAUGUUCCCACUCUGCGGCAAAAAACCAGCACUGUGUCACAAGUACAGAAGAACUACCAGCAUCAGCUGCAGGAUUUCAAAGAAAUGAACACCGUGUGCUGAACUCGUACAUUACCUUGACAGAUACACCAAAUACGCAAACUACAAAA